GUGUGGUUAUGUUCUGCGAUUGAUCUGUCAUUAAAUAUUUGACAUAAUGUUAGAAAUUGGUAAAUUCAAGUUAAUCGCAAUUUAAUAUAAGAGAAAAUAUGAUUUUGAGUUUUUUGGGUGUAUUCGGACGCGGUGGAAAAAUAUUAGAACUGACGUCGCACAAUUUCGAAAAUAUUAUUAAUGCGAAUCCGUAUAUUUUGGUUAAUUUUUAUUCGCCUUUUUGUAAAUAUUGUAUACGAUUCGCGCCCGAAUUUAAAAAAACGGCCAAGAAAAUUUUCAAAAAACGAAAAUUUAUUACGGUUGCCCAAAUUGACGCUGCCAAUGAAACUGCUAUAGCUAACCAACAAGGGAUUGAGAGAUACCCCACUUUAAAAUUUUUCAAACACAGUAUACCAUGUAGAUACGACGGGCCACAAGAAUCCGCAAAAAUAUUACAAUGGAUGGAGAGACAUAUAGCCAAAUAAAAUCAUCAAAAUUAUAUCUGGAAUAUAGAAAAAAUAAAAAUUGAGUUGCAAAA